AUGCAGACACGCCUAUGGACAGAUAUGAAAGCGCUACUCGAAGAAUUUGUGAAAUAUAUGGAACGUGAAGACCUAGACGCCCUUGCAGCUAAUUGUUUGAACGCGGGUUACAAACAUCCGACCAGGGGACCCCAACCGGUCGUAGCUAACGUGGGCGAUAGACUUAUGUGCACACUCAUGUCACGAGCAUUAUUUUUCAUGAACAGGUGGAGUUCGAAGUCCGCCAGCACGGACAAUAACGACCCUCAUAAUGCAGCGUUGAAGGAACAUAUAAGGUGCGCCAUAGUAAAUAUAUUUAUGUACAUAUUGAACGAAUCUCCAUGCAAAAGUGCAAUGGGUGUAUAUUAUGCAUGGUACACAAUGAAAGAGAUGGAGCCAACGCUAGGGCGUGGUUUAAUAACCACAGGUAAAUGUGAACAGGGACAGUUUCAAAACAUAACAAUACAGGAAUUCGACAUGGAGCAAAUGAUUAAGAACUGGUUAAAGAAAAACAAGAGCGUGACUGACAAAAUUGGAGGCCAGGGUAUAGAAAGCACAUGUAGGAAAACAUUAGCACAACUUGACGGGGCCACAAAGGGUACACAUACAAUGGGUGAAAAAAUAGAAAUGAAGAAAGAGGAAAAAGAAGCUAUACGUAAGUUAGGCAACGAACUGAAGCUCAUAGUUGAGGAGGUAAAGACAGCAGUAGCGCAAUGCGCGCACGCACCUGAACCAUGCAUGGAGUCUAUCGACGCUGUCUCCCGUAGCGAGCCGCAGGAUGACGCCAGUAAGGCCACAGUACCGAACCCUGUGGACAGCGGUACACCAGCACCACCCCCGCAACCAACACCGGUAGCACCGGAAGCCAAGGACGCACCACAGGUACCGACAGGUAAGGACCGAUGGGGAGAAAGCACGAAUACGGCUGCACACGAACACGAAUACCGACCGUACCACUUCGCACGCAUGGAUGCCGCCAUGACCACAACGCACACGCGCGGGGGAACAGCACAACAGCACAGGGCGGCACAUCUUCGCUGCCUCACGUAG